AGCAGGGCCUGUGGCAGGCGUGCAGCAUGAUCUGGGGCGAGCGACCAGUACUGCAGGCAGCAGCGUCGCAGCGGACCGGCCGUUGUCCACGGCGUGGCAGACGGCACUCAACGCCACAGCCAUGAGCGCAACCAAGAAGAGGCAAGUGCGCCGCGGGGGCAAGCCACCGCCCGACAGGCCCCAGAGAGCACUCUUCUGCCUCACCCUCACCAACCCCAUUCGGAAACUGUGUAUAGACGUCGUCGAAUGGAAACCUUUUGAGUACCUGAUAUUACUGACCAUCUUUGCAAACUGUGUUGCCUUGGCUGUGUACACUCCUUAUCCCAAUGGUGAUUCCAAUAAUACAAACCUUUAUUUGGAAAAAAUUGAAAAUGUCUUUUUAGGUAUAUUUACAGUUGAAUGUGUGAUGAAGGUUGUAGCGUAUGGUUUAGUGGCACACCCUGGAGCAUACUUGCGGAAUGGCUGGAAUUUAUUAGAUUUUACUAUUGUUGUUAUAGGUUUAAUAAGCACUGCAUUGUCGAACUUAAUGAAGGAAGGGUUUGAUGUGAAAGCAUUGCGUGCAUUCCGUGUUCUACGACCACUGCGUUUAGUAUCAGGAGUACCAAGUCUACAGGUUGUGCUAAACUCAAUUCUUCGUGCCAUGGUGCCUUUAUUACAUAUUGCUCUCCUGGUAUUGUUUGUUAUUAUAAUCUAUGCAAUAAUAGGCCUGGAACUAUUCUCAGGAAAGAUGCAUAACACGUGUUAUGAUAAUACAACAGAUAAAAUGAUGCGUGAUCCACAUCCAUGUGGGAAAAAUGGAGAAGGUGGUUUCCAGUGUUCUGAACUAGGUCCAAAUAUGACAUGCAAAGAAGACAGCUGGGAUGGUCCAAAUUUUGGAAUAACUAAUUUUGAUAAUUUUGGCCUUGCUAUGCUAACAGUUUUUCAAUGUAUAACUCUGGAGGGUUGGACUGAUGUUUUGUAUGAUAUUGAAGAUGCGAUGGGAAAUACGUGGCAGUGGAUAUACUUCAUCUCAAUGGUUAUUCUCGGAGCAUUUUUUGUCAUGAACCUAAUCCUUGGUGUCCUCAGUGGAGAGUUUUCCAAGGAAAGAGAAAAGGCCAAAGCUCGUGGUGAUUUUCAUAAGCUCAGAGAGAAACAGCAAAUUGAGGAGGAUUUGAGAGGUUAUUUGGACUGGAUAACACAGGCAGAAGAUAUUGAACCUGAAGGAGAGGAUCACCCUCGGAAUCAAGAUGUAAAAACACAGAAUGAAAUGGAAACCGCAGACAGAGCUGAAGGUGAUGAACUGGAAGUAGAGCAAGAAUCUUGGUGGAGAAAAAAGAAAAAGGACUUCGACAGGCAGAAUCGUCGUUUGAGACGAGCUUGCAGAAAAGCUGUGAAGUCACAAGCAUUCUACUGGUUAAUUAUAAUGCUGGUGUUCUUAAAUACUGUUGUUCUUGCUACAGAACAUUAUCAUCAACCUAAAUGGCUUGAUGAUUUUCAAGACUGGACCAAUCUCUUCUUUGUUGCUCUCUUCUCAAUGGAAAUGUUAGUCAAGAUGUAUAGCUUAGGAUUUCAGGGCUACUUUGUGUCACUGUUCAACCGCUUUGACUGUUUUGUCGUCAUAGGUAGUAUAGGUGAAAUUGUUUUAACGCACACAAAAGUUAUGCCGCCUCUGGGAGUAUCUGUCUUGCGGUGUGUUCGUCUGUUAAGAGUGUUCAAGGUGACCAAAUAUUGGAGAUCUCUGUCAAAUUUGGUUGCCUCUCUGCUUAAUUCAAUACAAUCAAUUGCAUCUUUGUUGCUGCUGUUAUUUCUGUUUAUUGUUAUAUUUGCCUUACUUGGAAUGCAAGUAUUUGGUGGAAAGUUUGAUUUUGAAGACACGCAAGACAAAGAUCGAAGUAAUUUUGAUAGCUUUUGGCAGAGUUUACUGACUGUCUUCCAGGUACUGACUGGUGAAGACUGGAAUAUGGUGAUGUACAAUGGAAUACAGGCUUAUAAUGGAGUUGGCUCAUUUGGUGUACUGGCCUGUGUUUAUUUCAUUAUUCUUUUCAUUUGUGGUAACUAUAUUUUGUUAAAUGUAUUCUUGGCUAUCGCUGUUGACAACCUGGCAGAUGCAGAAUCGCUGACAGCCAUAGAAAAGGAAGCAGAAGAAGAAGCUGAGAAACAGCAGAAAUCUCACAGUGGAUCCCCUUCUCGAGGAGAUGAAAAUGUAGACAGCAGAACAAGUGAAGAGGAUCAGGAUAGAGACAGAGAUGGUACAGAAAUAUCAGAAAAAGAUGAAGAAUUAGGAAGUCAUAGUAGAGUUCAGUUAGAAAUAGGUGAUACAGAAGAUUAUGGUUAUGACGGGCAGAAUGACAAUCAAGAUGAAGUAGAUGGAGAUGGUAUGCCAACCGUAUCUGCAAGGCCCCGAAGAAUGUCAGAGAUCAGCAUCAAAACAACCAUUCGACCACUCCCCACAGGAAGUGCCUUCUUUAUACUUUCCCACACUAACAGGUUCAGAGUAUUCUGUCACUGGUUUUGUAACCACAGUUACUUUGGAAAUGUUAUACUUGCAUGCAUCAUGAUUUCCUCUGCCAUGCUUGCUGCUGAAGAACCUCUACAGCAGAAGACUCCAAGAAAUGAUAUUCUUGGACAUUUUGACAUAUUCUUCACAACAGUUUUCACUGUUGAGAUAUGUUUAAAAAUGGUUUCCUAUGGUUUUAUACUCCACGAUGGUGCCUUCUGCAGAUCAGCAUUUAACCUUCUCGACCUUUUAGUAGUCUGUGUCUCACUUGUGGCCAUGUUUGUCAAGUCAAACGCAAUUUCUGUGGUGAAAAUACUAAGAGUUUUGAGAGUACUUCGUCCAUUGAGAGCAAUAAAUCGAGCCAAAGGAUUAAAGUACGUAGUGAAAUGCGUGAUAGUAGCCAUUAAGACGAUCGGCAAUAUCAUGCUGGUAACCUACCUUCUGCAGUUCAUGUUCGCUGUCAUUGGAGUGCAGCUAUUCAAGGGUAAAUUCUUUUCAUGCACAGAUGGCUCAAAGAUGACCAAGGAUGAAUGUCAAGGCACAUUCUUAGUUUUUGAAGAUGGUGACAUUAAUCAACCAAAAGUGGAAACCAGAGAGUGGGAAAGAAAUCGGUUUCAUUUUGAUGAUGUUGCUAAGGCCAUGCUCACACUUUUUACUGUAUCUACAUUUGAAGGUUGGCCUGGAUUGCUUUACGUCUCCAUUGAUUCAAAUAAGGAAGAUCAUGGUCCAAUUUAUAAUUUCAGGCCAAUUGUUGCUGCAUAUUACAUCAUAUACAUCAUCAUUAUUGCAUUUUUUAUGGUGAACAUAUUUGUAGGUUUUGUUAUUGUUACAUUUCAAAAUGAAGGUGAACAAGAAUACAAAAACUGUGAGCUGGAUAAAAACCAGCGUAAUUGUAUUGAAUUUGCUCUAAAGGCAAAACCAGUUCGUAGGUACAUUCCUAAACACAGGCUUCAGUAUAAAGUCUGGUGGUUUGUCACAUCACAGCCUUUUGAGUAUGCAAUUUUUAUACUUAUCCUGAUGAACACAGUUACAUUGGCAAUGAAGUUCCAUAAUCAACCAGAACCAUAUACAAAUGCUCUGAACAUAUUAAACAUGCUUUUCACAUCUGUUUUUGCAAUGGAAUUUGUGUUCAAACUAGCUGCCUUCAGAUUCAAGAAUUACUUUGGAGAUGCAUGGAAUGUAUUCGACUUCAUCAUUGUACUAGGCAGCUUUAUUGACAUCGUCUAUGAUGAGCCCGGUUCUGGAAUGAUAUCCAUUAAUUUCUUCCGUCUCUUCCGAGUAAUGAGAUUGGUGAAGCUUCUGAGCAGGGGAGAAGGAAUACGCACUUUGCUAUGGACAUUUAUAAAAUCAUUCCAAGCAUUACCAUAUGUUGCAUUGCUCAUAGUGAUGCUGUUCUUCAUCUAUGCAGUGAUUGGUAUGCAGUUAUUUGGAAAGAUAGCACUUGACUCAGACACGGAAAUCCAUCGCAAUAACAAUUUCCAGACCUUCCCUCAAGCCGUAUUAGUUUUAUUUCGAUCUGCAACAGGUGAAGCUUGGCAAGAAGUUAUGUUAGCAUGUUCAGCAAAUGUGAAGUGUGAUAUUAAAUCAGAUGAGAAAGGAAACAUAUGUGGAUCCGAUAUGGCAUUUCCAUAUUUUAUAUCAUUUUAUGUUCUCUGUUCAUUUCUGAUAAUAAACUUGUUUGUUGCUGUUAUUAUGGACAAUUUUGACUAUUUGACAAGAGACUGGUCCAUUCUGGGACCUCAUCAUCUGGAUGAAUUUAUACGCUUGUGGAGUGAAUAUGAUCCAGAUGCGAAGGGUCGAAUCAAGCAUUUGGAUGUUGUUACAUUACUUAGAAAAAUAUCACCACCCUUGGGGUUUGGAAAACUGUGUCCACAUAGAGUAGCCUGCAAGAGAUUGGUUUCCAUGAACAUGCCACUAAAUAGUGAUGGCACUGUUCUGUUUAAUGCUACAUUGUUUGCUGUUGUCCGAACAUCACUGAGAAUAAAAACAGAAGGAAAUAUAGAUGAUGCCAAUGCUGAGCUUAGAGCAGUGAUAAAGAAAAUUUGGAAAAGAACAAGCCCCAAACUAUUAGAUCAAGUAGUGCCACCACCAGGAGUGGAAGAUGAAGUAACUGUGGGAAAAUUCUAUGCAACAUUCCUCAUUCAAGAUUAUUUCCGACGUUUUAAGAAAAGGAAAGAACAAGAACUGAAAGAUGGUGAUAAGGAAUCUCAUAACACAGUUACUUUGCAGGCAGGUCUUCGGACACUGCACGAUGCUGGUCCUGAGUUGAAACGUGCCAUAUCUGGAAAUUUGGAAGAACUUAUAGAUGACAAUCCGGAACCCAUGCACAGGCGGAACCAUUCUCUGUUUGGAAGUGUAUGGUCUUCCAUGCGAAGAGGGCAUGGAGGAUUUCACAGAGCUCGUUCUCUUAAAGUAAAUGCUACACAGAUAAAAAUGAACCAUUUGGAUGUGCCUGGCAGAAACCUGAGAAAGGUCUCACCCACAAAUUCUAUAGAUUACUUGCCCUACAAUUCAAUUCAUAGGGCUAUAACUGAGAGUAUGAAUCAUGUAACAAGCAUGACAAAAGCAGCUGUAGCCCCUCAGAUAAUGAGUUCAACAGGAACACAAGAUGCAGUUGUACCAAAGGGUGAAGAGUCAAUUCCUCUCCAUUCUUUGACUGUGUCAAAUGGUGAUCCAACAGACCAAUCUUAUAGCCCGUAUCGGGUCAUUGGCUUACGCGAUGAAUACAGCACUGAGAUCACUCCCCCAACGCCACCUCCCCGGCGUGUUCGUCUGGGAUGCAUGGGACGGGACACAUCAUCCAGCUUUUCACGCAUUGCAAGUGGUCUUAAACUGGCUCAAGCACAGGCUAUGGCAGUAGCUGUAGCAGGCUUCAUGCCUAACACAGUGAUGUUUGCUGUAAACCAUGGAAGGCACUCUCCUCCCACACAUAGAGCAUCUUUCCAUGGCCGAGUGUCAAGGGUGGGAGAUUCAAAUGGGAGUCUUGGUACAGAAAGACUGUCGCAUUCCCUUCCUGGUAGUCCAGCUGAUCGCAGGCCAAACUUUCCUGAAGUUGUUGGGUCAGCUGAGAGUCUUGUUGGCAGGGUGCUGGUUGAGCAAGGACUUGGAAAGUACUGUGAUCCUGACUUUGUGCGUUACACAUCACGAGAAAUGCAAGAAGCACUCAAUAUGACGCAAGAAGAAAUGGAUCGUGCAGCUCAUAGGCUGCUGUUACAAGAGCAUCAAGGGAGACCCCUUUCAUUCCAGAACUCCGCUGUUCCUGGAGAACUUGUACAAGGAAGUGCCAAUCCUCAUUUAUAGCAGUGGGCCCCUACUCUUUUCAGCCAAAAAGUAUUGGCUUGUCUUAUAAAGUGCCUCAUUUACUUUUCCUGAAAAUGGAAAGAUAAAUCAACCUUGACACAAAGUGUCAUUUCCUCCUUAUGUGAACUGCCCAAAUUCAACAAUAGUUGAUUGUUUUUCCUGAUAUACAUAUACAAGAGGAAUGACAUAGAGAAACAUGACUCAUUCACCUGGUAUGGCCUUUAUGUUGUGUUAAUUGAAAAUUUGUCAUGAAAUGUGUGUGAUACAUAUCCAGUGACAGUGCUUUUUAAAUCAAAUAUGUAUCCUGGCAGGACCAGGAAGCUGUAAAACACUUGUGGUGAGCAUAGUCACAUAUUUUUAUUAUUCCAGUGAAGGAAUUGUUUUUGGAUAAUGCAUGAAGAAAUUGGGUCAGCUUUAUUUGCAGCAUAAUUACCUGCACUAUGUGAGCCUCAAGAAAUUAAAUUUUCAGUAUAUGUUUGAAACAUUUUUUCUUCUCAUUUGUCAAAACUAGAGCUUAUAGUUAAAACUGACUUGGGUGGUACAUUUCAAGGCAAAGCUAAUUUUGUUUACUGAAUAAGGGAGAAAGUACCAUAUUAUAGUAAACUUUGAGCACAUUUCCAAUAUUAAUUCUUUCAACAAUUACUGGAGAGCUAUUUUAUUUUUUGUUCUUUUCCAUUAUGACAAUCUUCAUUCACAUAUGCUGAUAAAGUCAGGUCUGGAACAUAUUGGUUUUGUGUGUUCAGGGAAUUUACAAAUUCCUCCAUUAGGUAUUAUCCCCAUUUUUCAGCCCCUUUCCUUUGCCUUUACAGUUAUACCAGAAAGAUAUAGUAAAUAUUUUUCCAUUCAAGAUUGGUGCACAAAAUUUUUACAAACUGAACAAAAAUUGUGUAAGAGUAGUCAGUCAGUUUUUUUACGAGGAAUUUAUCUUACUUUUUCAUGAUGAGUUUGGACUAUUACUUGAAUACUGAUUUUGUUCUGAGGAAGGGUUUUUUUCUGACAACAUAGCUAAUAUGAAUACAUGCAAAGAAAAAGGAGUUGUAAUAACUAAUUAAUAAUAACUUUUUAAUUAUUUCUCUUUUGGAUAAUGUAUGAAGGGCUUUCCUGUUAUUCAGUUAGUCUUUUACCUUUUUUUUAAAUAAUUUGCCCCUGUAGAAGGAGAGAGACACAAAAUUACACUUACAUAAAUUAUUCAUUUUGUAGAGUACUGAGCAAAUAUUUCCUGUUGCAAAAUUUCAUUUAACUUUUUCAUUAUCAUUGUAUUUUGUGUUAAAUGAAAUUGGUAAAAACAAAUAUUUUAAUCACUGUAAUCAUCCUUUGGUCAUUACAGCUCCUUGCAGAAUCCUAAGAUAAACGGAGUAGUUUUCUUCUCCUAUUUCCAUGUGUUUCUUUAUGAAUGCCAGUUAAAAGAUAAAAUGUUACAGAAUUGUUACUUUUAUGCAAUGUGGAUUUUGUAUGACUGUAAGAAAUUGUACAUGAUACUGGAUGUCCAUUUGUAAUGUUAUAAGCCUUCUACAGUGAAUGUAAGGAAGCCAGUACAUUUCCUGAUCUCCAAAGCCAUUGCUGUUCUUUUCCAUAUAUUUGUGUGUGUGUGUGUGUGUGUGUGUGUGUGUGUGUGUGUGUGUGUGUGUGUGUGUGUUUAAAAAUAAAAACUGUACAUUUUGUAUACCUGAGAAGUUGAAAGGCAUUGUACUGAGAAGUUUUUAAUCCCACACAAAUGUGUGCCUUGUCAAACCAUAAGAACCAUAAGUAAAACUAUUUUUUAAUGUUAAAACAUUUAUGUAUAAAGAAUAUUAAAACUAUUCAGAC